ACCUUCCCAUUCAUCAGCACACAGAGACACAGCAGCAGAGACCACUCGGUCACUAGCCUUGGCCCUUGGUCUCGCUCCAAAGAGAGGGAAAAUUAAAGCAACAGAUCGAGAGCAAGCAGCUGCAGCGAGCGAGCUUGCGGGAGCACGCAGCAGCCGCAAUGGCGACGCGUCGCCUCUCCUUUCCCUGCUGCCUUCUCCUCGCCGUGCUCCUGUUGGGGGCCGUGGCGGCGGCCACCGCCUUCUUCGACGAAGUUGCUGCGGCUGCCGGCGUCGGGCUGGGUCACGGCGCGCGUUUCGCCCGCAAGCCUGGACGUGCUGCCGCCGAGAAGCCGCUGCCGGAGCCUCAGCCUCUGCCACACCCAAAGCCUGAACCCAAACCAGAGCCUAAACCAGAGCCCUUACCGCAUCCGGAGCCCAAACCUGAACCCAAACCAGAGCCGGAACCAAAACCAUUGCCACAUCCUGAGCCAAAACCUGAGCCUCACCCUAAGCCCGUGCCCAAACCAGAACCCAAGCCAGAGCCUAAACCUGAACCUAAGCCGGAGCCAAAACCUGAACCAAAACCCCUACCCGAGCCUAAGCCGGAGCCCAAACCUGAGCCAAAGCCCGAACCAAAGCCUAAGCCGGAGCCCAAACCUGAGCCAAAGCCCGAACCAAAGCCAAUGCCAGAACCCAAACCCGAGCCCAAGCCAGAGCCCAAACCUGACCCAAAACCAGAACCGAAACCAAAGCCAGAACCCAAGCCUGAGCCAAAGCCAGAACCAAAACCAGAACCAAAACCAAAGCCAGAGCCGAAGCCGGAACCUAAGCCCGAACCUGAGCCGAAGCCUGAGCCCAAACCGGAACCAAAGCCAGAACCUAAGCCUGAACCAAAACCGAAGCCUGAGCCGAAACCAGAACCUAAGCCUGAACCGAAGCCUGAUCCCAAACCGGAACCAAAGCCGGAACCUAAGCCUGAGCCAAAGCCCGAACCAAAACCGAAGCCGGAGCCAAAGCCCGAACCAAAGCCUAAACCCGAGCCCAUGCCUGAGCCCAAACCGAAGCCAGACCCACCUCACAUCCCACCUGCAGCCGACAACUGACGAAGUGGCCGCUAGCUAUUUUGUAUGUUGUUGCAGAGUAUAGUAGUAUCUGAAUAAAACCGGCCGGACCGGAGUUGCAGCAUCUAGAUUGGUGCUUGCUGCUGCUUGAUGCACUUAUUCUUUCUUUCCAUUGUAUUCAGCUCAGUACAUUAUCAGUGCAGCUUAAUUUGUUCUUUGUACAUGCGUGACUUGUUGCUACA